AUGUUGGUCCUCUACAUCCAAAGUCUAGCAUUACAUGUUGUAAUAGUACUGGUGGUAGCGACAGAACUAGCAUCGAGCCAGCAAGAUGAAUGUCGCAUCGACUUUGCGUCGGGCCAGACUUGUAGAUUUGACGGGCUAAGCAAUGGAGUCUCCACUUUGAUUUAUCCCGAUCCCAGCAGCGGGGCCCGUUGUUUUACUGACACUCGAAGGGAUGGCACCCCGCAAGAGUAUUUCUUUCAGGUGAUCCCGGGUGAUGUGAGUAACUUGCUGCUCUGGUUUCAAGGAGGAAGCGCUUGCUUUAGCACAGAAACUUGCAUCGACGGUGGAUUGACCGUCCAAGAUAUAUUUCCGCUGAAUCUGACUUUAUUUAGCAAUGGGGUGUUGGAUACGACUGAUCCACGCAAUCCUUUUGCUGGGUGGACACUGGUAUAUCUUCCGUAUUGUUCCGGAGACAGCUUUAUGGGCAACAAGGUGACGGAGGACGGACUCGUUCAUUUCAAAGGAAACAAGAAUGCUAGAGCUGUCCUAGAUUGGUUGUUUGCCAACUUUGGUGAUGGUGCCGAUAAUGUUGAUAACCGACCAUUGGAAAGAGCCAUAUUUGGGGGGUUGUCGUCCGGGGCCCUAGCAUUGGCCUACUGGUCCAAUCUGCUCCUUCAAUGGAUCAAUUCGGGGUUCACACAGCAAGUCCAGAAGCCAAUCACCACCGUUUUGUUCGAUUCCAACGUGUUCUUCUUCAAGGAAUACUUGUCGGACCGGGUCUUGGAAAUCUGGGAUGUCUGUCAGCCGAAUAUUGGUUUUAAUCAAACCAUUUUGGAGCUUUGCAAGCAGGGAGACUUUUUUGGCCUCGAAGCCGUUCUUUUGGUAACCAAGACGUAUACGGAUGUCCCGUUUGCCUUUAUCCUGGGCAAGGGCGACUUGGUACUGCUUGGCGGGUGGUGUGUCAGUGGAUUGGAAGGAAUCGACGUUGCGGCGGGGAGUAUUGACCUUGCAAAUUUUGGGUUGGCAGAUGUGUUUACGGUUUUACUCUAUCUCGCCCAAUCCGAUCCGGCCCAGGUUGCGGAUGCCCUGUAUUGCACUCCAUCGCGAUUCUACAAGAAGGUCCAAGAACGGCUCUUGAUCCUUCACGAGAAUGUCAAUGAGGAAAACAACGUGCUGUCUUACUUUAUCAAUACGCCGGACCAUGCCUUUUUGCCCUUUGAAGCAUUCUACACGACUUCGGCCAGUGAUGGAUGUACGUUUCCGACCGUAUCGAGUGACAGUCCCCCAUCCUUGGUCGAUUGGGUUUCUUCCUUGGUGUACCGCGUGGAAGGGGCACGACUUUCCUCGGAAUGCGUCAAAGGAGUGGGUCUCUGGCCGUGGGACGACUUUGGAUGCAACAAGGAAGUGACUCAUCAAUUUCAUAUUGCCAAAGGAGACGAUUCUGUGACGAUUCCUCCCAACCCUCCUUGA